AUGGGGAAUUGGUCGAGAAAAUACGAUUCAACGCGGAUUAUACGAAAGCGAGAGUCAGCCGACCAUAUAAUUGCAUUAUCCAGACGGAAUGCUGCAUCAACUGCUAGAGGACACCACAAAGGUCGAAGGAGUAGUAGACGACUUGACAAAACUUGUUCUCUUCCUUCCUUUGCUUAUGCUCUUUCAUCAACUGCAAUAAAAAAUGAGAAUAUUAAGACUAUUUUGGUUUCUCCAGCCAAUACAGGAAACAAUGGAAUAUUGCCUAAUAAUAAAGCUACAGGAAUUACCAAUGGGCUUCCGCCUGUAAAUCUGGUUCCGUCAAACAAAAAUUUGUCAAUGGGGGGAGCCUCUUCUCACCUUCCCCCGGUAGAAGAAGAUUUUACUAAAAAUGAUGCAGAUUACCAAAAACAUGAAUUUAAUUGGGAAAAUAGCAAUGGAGACAGUAACGGAAAUGGUCUAUCCUCGCCUGAAGUUAUGAUGGAAAGUGGAGUCGUCAUUGAUACUAUUGAAGUAAACGAAGAAGAAAAAGUAGGUGAAGAAGAAGAACAACAAGAAUCUGUAGACCUUUCUUGGCCAAAAACUUUUUAUAAAAGAUGUGUUUUUAUUUUUCUUGCACCAAUAAUGUUUCCUUUAGCUUAUACUCUUCCGGAUGUGAAAAGAGAGGAUCGGAAAAAAUAUGCUGCAUUUACUUUUGUUGGCUCUGUCAUUUGGAUUGCUUUAUUUACUUAUUUAAUGGUUUGGUGGGCUUCUAUAGCAGGAUUGACUUUAGGUAUUCCAACAGAAGUUAUUGGAUUAACAGCUUUAGCUGCUGGAACAUCAAUUCCUGAUUUAAUUACUAGUGUAAUUGUAUCGAGAAAAGGUUUGGGUGAUAUGGCUGUCUCAAGCUCUAUUGGUUCAAAUCUUUUUGAUAUUUGUGUGGGUCUUCCUAUUCCUUGGUUGUUGCAUUUUUCAUUGUCCAUUGCAAAGAAAGGGAUAAAAGGGACGGAUUUUAUUUCUGUUGGAUCAAACGGUUAA